AUUUCGCUGCUAGCCAUCGAAUCCUCCGGGAUGUGGACUGCUCAUGUGGAUAGAAACAGCACUGCAAAUGCUACAGGCCAGAAUACCACGCCACUAGUGGAUGAAGAACAGCAGUAUCAAUCGACAUCUGACUUAGAUCGAACCACGACAGAAGAACACAGAUAUGCCCAGUGGAAUGGUCCCAACGAUCCUCACAACCCUUUCAACUGGCCGCCUUCGAAGAAAUGGAGAGUAACACUGCUGGCAUGUUUCAUGUCCUUUGCAGUUCAAACAAAUGGUACUGCCAUGACGAGUGCUGCAGAGCAAAUCAACAAGAGCUUCCAUGUUAGCGAUGCAACAUUCCCACACUCUUACUGGCCUGUACUCUCGUGGAAUCUUGGUGGCGCCGCAGCUCCCCUACUUGGAUUGCCGCUUAUGGAGAAGUUUGGCGUCAGGUGGAGCUAUCUGGCAAUCUAUAUUUGCUUAAUCGUUUUCCUUAUUCCCCAAGCAUUGGCCCACAAUUUCGCGACUCUCGUUGUCACCCGUAUUAUCACUGGAGGCUGUUCUGGCGUACUUGCAAACAUCACAAGUGGCAUAGUGAGUGAUAUAUGGGAAAAUGGAAGAGUCAAGAGUUUCAAUACCUCUCUUUAUAUCUGCGGGCUAUUGGCUGGACUGAGUAUGGGGCCCGUGAUUGGGAGUGCCAUUGUAAAAUUCAUCUCAUGGCGAUGGAUUUUUUGGAUACACAUCAUCUGCUAUGGCGCUCUCAUUCCUGUUCUCUACUUGGCCUUACCCGAAGUCCGCCAGGAUGUUAUCCUCACCGAACGCGCACAACACAUUCGCAAAACCAAAGGUAUAGAUGUUUUCGCGAAAGCUGAGACCCAGCAUACGAGUAUGAGCGAAGUGCUUCGAGAGACACUAGUCCGACCGACUCGUAUGCUCGUCACCGAAGCUGUCGUGUUUUCCUUCGGUCUUUGGUCUGCCUUUUGCAUCGGCAUUGCUUUCAUGUUCACACAGUCACUCGUACAAGUAUAUUCUGAGCUGUAUGGCUGGACGUUCUAUGGGACCGGUUUAGUUCAAGGUGCCUUGGUUGUAGGUGAAGUCCUUGGCUUACUAUGCUCAUUGUAUCAAGAUAUACUUUAUUUUCGGUCCGCGAAUCGAAACACGGAAACUGCAGGACGUCCCGUACCAGAAGCUCGUCUUUACAUAAGUAUCCCUGGUUCCUUUCUCGGGCUCACGGGGGGUCUUUUCUGGUUUGCUUGGACGUCUAAUCCUUCAAUUCAUUGGAUGGUUCCGACCGUGGCACUGGGUUUUGUUGGUGCUGGCAUGUUUUGCGCUGUUACGGCAGUAACCACAUACAUUAUGGACAGCUACGCAAAAUAUUCUGCAAGCGCAAUUGCUGGCAUAGCCUUCUUAGAAAACACUUUUGCGGCCUUCUUGCCACUUGCCACACAAAGUAUGUAUCGCACAUUGGGGCUGCAAUGGGCGAGCUCGCUUUUGGGGUUCGUGGCGCUCGCUUUGAGCUGCAUUCCGCUUGUGCUGUUGGUGUACGGAAAAGACAUCAGAGCAAAAAGUCCUUUUAUGCGUGAGGCGGCGUAUGAGAGUUAG